AAUGGCUAGAAGGCGCGCAGGAAACAUUAUUGCAGAGAGAGAGAGAGAGAGAGAGAGAGAGAGCGCUAGCUGUCAGUUGUCCGUGGCGGGCUACGAGGGAGGGAGCAGGUCGCGCCGCGCUUCGUCGCCGGCCAACCAUGGCGUGGUGGCGGGAGAGGGUCGUCGCGCCGGUGCGGCGGGCCUGGCUCGCCGUUGCGCGGCGGGCGCGGAACCGCAGGAGCACAGGGGUGGUGGACCUGCACAGGGACGUGCAAACCUGCGGAUACGACGAUGUUCAGGUGAUGUGGAACAUGCUGAGCUCGGAGAAACAUGCCCUGGGCCACAGGCCGGCGGCGCCUGAGAAGCCGCCGCGGCGGCGGGCCACGUUCUGGAGGGCGUCGUUCUGGAACGUCGGAAAAUGCGUGGCGCGGUGAGCCCUGCGACUGAAUUCUGGCGCAGAUAGCGGCGACACUGCGCCAUCUAAUAAUCUCCAAUAAGCCUGCUGCUACCAUCUGGUGAGAUGUACAGAGAAUGAUGCUCACCUGUAAGAUGUUGGAUGGGGCUGGGAAGAAUGGGUCAGGGGCAUCUCGCCUGCUGGCUUCUGCUGUUUGUAUUGCUUUCCCUGCUUUGUUGUGGAAUGAAUCAAAGGCGGCAGACUGUGGCUUAAUCCGUGUGACGAUGCUACAAAUUUCAAGCUCUGAUCUUGUGUGCUUGUGGCAUGUAA